AUGCAAUUCACAUUACGUUUAAAAAAAAAGUAUCAACAAUCGACCUGUAUUUAUGUAUUCCUACUGUUUUCCCAAAAUUGUUAAUAAAUGUAAAUUGUUAAAGCUUGCGAAUAUGGCUAAUCUUCCACCACGAAAAAUUUCAACAUCUAGUAAGGUAUCUAAACAACAGGAUGCGACACCUCUUGAGAUAUUAUUACAAAUGGGAUUCCCUAAAAACCGAGCCCAAAAAGCUUUAGCAGCGACAGGUAAUCGCAGCGUCCAAUUAGCCUCAGACUGGCUCCUGACACAUGUAAACGAUGCAUACAUAGACGUAGAACUACCUAGAGAGUACAUAUUCUAUGCUAACCCCACUGGACGACUGUUGGCUCAGCUUCAAAGCUUCUGGGAAAAGUCUAUAGCUACAGGGUGGAAUGGUGCACACAAUUUCCCACCUCACAUUACUCUUGUGCCAUUUUUUAAGGCUAAAGAUGACAUAUCUCUACAACUGGCUAAAUCAAUCAAACAAACUGUAGAGAUUGUAGGGCAGCCUCCUGAAACUCCUCUAAAAUUGGAGUCUUACAUAUCACAGAAUUUCAUGGGCCUGUUCAUUUCUGAAGAGCAUUCUGAUUAUUUGAAGAAAGUUGCUUUACAGUAUGCAAAACAAGUGUCAUCUUUAGCGUUGAACGCUGAAGCGCAAACGAAGUCUCUUCACCUCACGUUGGCGUAUCACUUUGACGUGAGUGCCUAUGAAGCCCUCAAGACAUUGGUGGAUGAACUGGAUCUCACGGAACCACUGCAUCCUGACUGGGAACUACGUCUCUACUCCAGAGAUCCUCGCUUUUCUAACCAUCAGGUAUACCGAGUGACGCAAAGCUAUACGCCAGAAGCGAGUGACGAGCUCGAGCUAGUGGUGGGCGACUAUAUCUACGUAGAAGAGAAACAGUUUGAUACUUCGCCUGACGGAUGGGUAUACGGCACGUCUUGGCUUACAGGUGUGAGCGGCUACCUGCCAGGCGUGUUCACGCGCCGCACGCCAGACUCUGACGCGUGGACCCUACACCGUGCCAUCUCCCUCAAAACUCCGAACAGCAUGGAUUCUAAAUCUGAAUCGGACUCAAACACCGAAGCAGAAAUGGCGUCCUACCCGCACGAAGACGCCGCAAAGCUUGGGUUUGAGAAAUCCGAAGAGACUUACAGCGUUUGGGAGAAAUACUGGAAGGCGGUCACUCUGAACAAAACCGAAAAUGUCCUGACUGUUACACAAGGAGGGAGUACUGCUCGGAAACCCAUUGCUAAUCCAGGAAGUGGCGAUACCGAAGCUUCUAGCAAAGAAAGUGCAGAAUCUCUCACGAAUGGAUCGAACAAAUCCCGUCGUUGGAUGUUCGCGCUAAGGCACGGUGAGCGAGUGGACCUUACUUACGGAUCGUGGGUUCCGUUCUGCUUCGAUGAGAAUGGAACUUACGUCAGAAAGGACCUUAACAUGCCUUUGAAGAUGCCUGAAAGAGCAGGAGGUGCGGAGUCGUACGCCCGUGACUCGCCGCUGACGAGAGUGGGACAGCUGCAGGCCUUCCUCGUGGGCGAAGGGUUCCGGCUGGCGAACGCGUCCGUCAAACACGUGUACGCGUCCGCGGCCUUGCGGUGCGUUGAAACUGCACAUCAUUUCUUACAAGGCCUUCAAGCUGACCCAUCAUUGAAAAUAAGAGUAGAGCCGGGCUUGUUUGAGUACAAAGGUUGGCACGCAGCAAAGGGACUGGCUCCAUUCAUGACCCCCAAAGAACUACAUAAGGCUGGCUACAACGUCGACCUUGAAUACAAACCAUACUUGGAUAUGGACGUGUCAUGCACAGAGAGUAUAGAUGAUUUCUACAAAAGGAACGAAUUAGUUAUGCACUCGGCGGUCAAAGAUACGGAAGCUGAAGGUGGUAAUAUAAUCUUCAUUGGCCACGCUUCAACACUAGACGCAAUGGUCAUUGCACUGAAACGGUUUGGACGAGAAAAAUCCGACUACCCUCCGUACCAAGUCCCCGCCAAUUUACUACUGCGAGUGCCGUAUUGCGCGCUAGCGGCCGUCCGGGAGAACCCCUGGGAGGUGGUGUCACCCCCCUGCCCACCCUCUAUCAAUUCCAGUUCUGGAAGAUUCGACUGGAAAAUUUUAAUGGAUCUGGAAUAAAUUACUUCUCUUUGGAAAGUGACUAUGAUUGAAGUUGUGAUGUGUGUGUCUUGAAUAUUGUGAUAUAAUUAGUAUUUUAUUAAAGACUUGUUUAGAGCAAGAGCCAGCGCAGACUACUGCAAAUGAAGUGAGUACCCAUAAUGUGUAUUCAAAUUAUCGACUGUGUGGUACCUAUAAUAGGUCUAUUUCUAUAAGAGAACGAUCUUUAUCACAGGGACCGAAUUAGCGGGAUUAGGAAUAUUUUUUUAAAGUAUUUUAAGUUGUAAGUACUUAAUAGAUGAAGAAAUUUUCUUUUUGUAUAAUAAAUUAUUAUUAUAAGUUGGAUUUAAAUGUUUGUAAACUCUUAAUAGUGUGGUAACAAAAUGCAAGUAUAGUUAAUAUGUUGUUUACGUAAAUUACUAUAGGUAUUAGGUGUAUUACUGACAGCUUGUAAGAAGCGGGUUGCGGGAGGGUGACAGUGACAUUGUAUUCGUUGGUUUUUACAUAAACUGUCACCCUCCCGCGACCUACCUCGCGAGCCGCCUCAAUGUACCUUUAAGUAUAUUCUUAAUCUUUUAGUAAUUUUAAGUAUGCCCGAUACUUAAAAUUACUUUAAAUUAGUUGUUUUAUUUAGUUACUAUUGAAUUUUGAUCUGUUGAUUUUUCACUCGCCAAAUAAACGUUACCUAUAAUAAAAUGGCAACUUGACAGAUUUCAAAUACCAAAACUGUCAAUUUAAUGCUCAGUUCAACAUUAUUUGGCGGUUGAAAAACCGACCACGUCUAAGGCCGCAGACAAUCUGUUCCUCCCUUCGCCUUGUUCCUCAUUUCUAAGACCCAUUACUAGACCGUUAGAAAAUGUAAUUUAUAUGGAAGUCGCCUUGUCUAUGUACGCACGCAUUCACCGUAACUCUGUGCGCAUAAGCUCUGCAACUCUCAUAUAAAUAACAGAUCCUUAAUGUAGUCUUCGACCGAGCCGCCGGGCGACUAGUCGUCUUUCCAUUAAUCAUAAAAUGGUAAGCUUGAUUGAAUUAAUAAUUAUUAUAUUGAUUGGGCUUAAUUUGAUAUAAUCAUACGCAUAUAGGUACAUAUAUUAUGUUACCUUUGAUUUAAUUAUGUAAAUGUGGUUAAUUCUGUUGUAUACAAUGUUUAAAACUAAAUUGUUAGGUUUGAUUUGAUUUGAAACCAAUGCUAUCAUUUUGUGCAGAGAAAUUGUGAAAGUGCACUAUAUGCAUUUAGAACUGUCAAUUUCUUUUGUCAACAGAAUUAACCACAAUAACGAAAUACGAAUUAUGUGAUGUUAAGUGUAAAAUCAAUAAAUACGUAAAUUA